GAUUCUCUUUUUCUUUGCCGCUGGGCAGCUGUGCUCGUCCACCCAGAGCUAGAGCAGCCGGCAGAAAAGUGAGCGGAGUUCUGAGUUUGAUCUGACAUCAUUUGAUGCACGCGCGCUCUCGAGCUCUCCAGCUGUCGGCGCGCGCGCCCAGACGCGCUUCUGAACUGCUGAAGCUUCACGCGGAGCGUCUCGCCGCACGUGUCCCGCCAGGAGGGAGUUCUAUUAUUGGUGAUCAAUAUCAUCGGCUUUAAAUGCAGAAUGGUGGAUCCAUUGGGAAUAAUGAGCGGCACAAGGAUGCCGCCGCCGCUGCUGCUGAUCGUCACUUUCUUCUACAUUUCAAACGCAGCUAAUCCUAUUGACCUUAUAAAGACUCUUGAGUUUUCUGAGGACAUGGAGGGCGUGUCACUGGAGGCAGGACUGUGCACCAGCAGGACGGGACGACAGGAGACUGACCUCUCCUUUAAGAUCAACAAGAAGAUCCAACUGAGCGCGCCCACCAAGCAACUCUUUCCAGAUUCGCCCUUUCCUGUGAAUUUUUCCCUCAUGACGACAGUUAAAGCUGUAAAAGGAUCACAAGUCUUUCUGCUCUCCCUGUAUGACAAGCAGGGUACGCAGCAGUUGGGCUUAGAGCUCGCUCGCUCUCCUGUUUUCCUGUAUGAGGACCAUGAGGGUCAGCCCACUCCAGAACUUUACCCCACCUUCAGAAAGGUCAACCUGGCUGAUGGCAAGUGGCACAGAAUCGCCUACAGUGUGGAGGGCCAGUCGGUGAGUCUCUUCUUAGACUGUGAGAAGGUGGAGACUCUGGAUCUGCUCCGAGGUCCUGAGCCCCGGGUCAGCACUGACGGGGUUACUGUGUUCGGAACGCGGCUGCUGGACGAGGAGGUGUUCGAGGGACAAAUCCAGCAACUGCUGUUCGUUGACGAUCCCCGAGCAGCGGAGACCUACUGUCAGGAUUACAUCCCAGACUGUGAUGCUCCUUUGCCUUACGACAGCAUUUCAUUAGAGACUGAAGAAGAAGAGGGAACACCAAAGAAACGCGUAGUGGAAGAGUUUGACUACAGCGUCUUCUACGACGACAUCUCGGUGUCUACUGUGACUGCAGGUCCUAAUGUGACGGAGUAUGAGUUUGUGGAGUACGAGGACUAUGACAACACCACAGACUAUUACCAUGUAAACGAGUACGAGGAGUACGACGAAGAAUACGACGAACGCUACGGACCCGCGGCGAGAGAACGGGAGUACUCGCUUAACACAGAGAAUUUACCAGAGAAAGGACAAAAAGGGGAGCCAGGCUUUCUGGGGCUGGGAACCCAGAUUACAGGACCAUAUGGACCUCCAGGACCUGAGGGAGAACCGGGGCCUCCGGGAAUCACAGGACCAGUGGGACCUCGAGGAGACCCUGGAGAGCUGGGUCCUCCAGGGCGGCCGGGCCUGAAUGGUGCUGAUGGGAUCCCGGGUCCCCCAGGAAACAUAAUGCUCAUACCGUUCCAGUCCGGCGGUGACCCGAGGACAGGCGCUGUGGUUUCUGCACAGGAGGCUCAGGCUCAGGCCAUCCUGCAGCAGACAAAGCUGGCAAUGAAGGGCCCUCCAGGGCCGCUGGGUCUCAGAGGAAGGCCUGGACCACUGGGUGCAACAGGUCCCCCGGGGUUGAAAGGCAGCAGUGGUGAAAUGGGAUCAACGGGUCCUCCAGGACUGCCGGGCAUUCCGGGUCAGAGUGGAAGACCUGGGAAACGGGGCCGGGGCGGUUCAGACGGAGGCCGUGGUGCGAUAGGAGAAACUGGAACAAAGGGUGACCGGGGCUUUGACGGCUUACCUGGCCUCCCAGGAAACAAAGGACACAAGGGCGACAGGGGGAAGCCGGGACCUGUAGGUCCCCCAGGAGAGCUGGGAGAAAAGGGCUCCCAGGGGCCAGCUGGGCCAAGAGGACAACCAGGUGAUCCUGGUCCCCGAGGUCUAAAUGGCCCCAGAGGUCGCCCUGGAAAUCCUGGCUUGCCGGGCAUUCGUGGAAUUGACGGGGUGCAAGGUUCAAAAGGCAACAUAGGACCGCCAGGAGAAAUUGGAGCGCCCGGACAGCAAGGCAACCCUGGAAUCAUUGGUUUUCCUGGCCCCCAGGGGCUAGUAGGACUGCCAGGAGAGAAGGGGCCUCAAGGGAAGAAAGGCAUGCGAGGCUUACCUGGAAAUGAUGGGCCCCCAGGUCAUCCUGGAAGAGAAGGCACUCCGGGUGAAAAGGGAUUGCCAGGUCCUCCUGGAGUCCAGGGACCCGUAGGAUAUCCCGGACAACGGGGAGUUAAGGGUGCCGACGGAAUCAGGGGAUUAAAGGGAAGCAAGGGGGAGAAGGGAGAAGAUGGUUUUCCAGGAGCAAAAGGGGAGAUGGGGCCAAAGGGGGACGUUGGAGACAAUGGACCUACAGGUUCUCGAGGUGAAGAUGGACCUGAAGGUCCCAAAGGGCAGCUGGGUUCUCAGGGAGAGGCUGGUUCUGCUGGUAUUACUGGAGAGAAGGGGAAACUGGGGGUUCCUGGUUUACCUGGAUAUCCAGGAAGACAGGGACCCAAGGGCUCUGAUGGAUUUCCUGGUUCUCUGGGAGCCGUUGGGGAGAAAGGGAAGAAAGGUCCAGCAGGACAAGCAGGAGGUGCAGGCCAGAGAGGUCCAAAUGGUGCCAGAGGAGCGAGAGGGGUGAGAGGUCCUACGGGGAAACCAGGAGAAAAGGGUGCCUCAGGACAUGAUGGUCCCCCAGGAUCUCCUGGAGAAAGGGGACCUCAAGGGCCACAAGGAAUGAAUGGAGAACCAGGACCUAAAGGAUCAAGCGGUCCAGCUGGGAAGGAUGGACUUCCGGGUCAUCCGGGUCAGAGAGGAGAGCCAGGCUUUCAAGGAAAAACGGGACCUCCAGGGCCUUCGGGUGUGGUUGGACCACAAGGUAAAUCAGGGGAACCUGGCCCAACAGGAGACAGAGGUCACCCGGGAGCACCAGGUGUGCCUGGAGAGCAUGGCUUACCUGGAGCUGCUGGGAAAGAGGGUGGAAAGGGGGAUCCUGGUUUACCUGGGACAUCUGGAAAGAGUGGUCCAACAGGACUGAAAGGGUUCAGAGGGAGCAGAGGAGUUCCUGGACUUAUGGGACCUCCUGGUCUGAAAGGAGCAACGGGACCUGGUGGGUCCCCCGGAUCUGUGGGGGCAUCAGGAGAAAGGGGCCCUCCGGGACCAGCUGGUGCAAUUGGACAGCCUGGUCGUGCAGGAGCAGUUGGAGGACCAGGACCUAUGGGAGAGAAAGGGGAGCCUGGAGAGAAGGGCCCGAUUGGACCGGCAGGUCAGGAUGGGGAUCAGGGCCCCGUAGGAAUGCCUGGAGCAACAGGGCCUGUAGGACCUUCAGGGGAUGAUGGGGAUAAGGGGGAGCAGGGAGGACCUGGACAGAAAGGCAGCAAAGGAGACAAAGGGGAAUCAGGCCCCGCAGGUCCUACCGGGACUCAGGGCCCGGUUGGUCAGCCAGGACUGCCGGGUGUAGACGGACUGCCGGGUCCUCGAGGCCAGCAGGGCAUGUACGGUCCCAAAGGGGAUGAAGGACCCCGUGGUUUCAAGGGCUCCAGAGGGCCGAGAGGAUUACAGGGCAUGCCUGGCUUACCUGGAGAAAAGGGAGAGAGUGGACAUGUUGGUCUGAUGGGUCUGCCUGGACUACAAGGCCCCAAUGGUGCUCAAGGACCUAUAGGAGGAUUGGGACAAACUGGUAGACCCGGGAUGAUUGGACAGCCAGGUGUCGUUGGGGAGAAGGGAGAGGACGGUGAAGCCGGUGAUCCUGGACCAGUCGGUACUCCAGGAAGGCUAGGUGACAAAGGAGAUCAGGGUGAAAAGGGAGAUACGGGCCCUUCAGGAGCAGCUGGUCCCCCCGGGGCCAGGGGCAUUCCAGGAGAGGAUGGAGCAAAGGGCAACGCUGGUCCUAUCGGUCUGACCGGUGACCUCGGACAACAGGGAGAGGCGGGGCCAAAUGGUGUAGACGGCAUUCCCGGAUCUAAAGGCGACACAGGAGAACCUGGGAAAUCUGGACCCCCGGGAGCGACAGGCGAACCUGGACCAGCUGGGCCUCCUGGACGAAGGGGUCACUUGGGGAAACCAGGGAAGGAAGGCAAAGCAGGCCUGAAAGGAACGAAGGGCGCUCCUGGACUGGAGGGUCCCCUUGGGAAGACGGGACCCCGCGGUUCUCAGGGGCAUCCAGGGAAACCGGGUCCCCAGGGCAUGAGAGGAAUCCCUGGCCCUGCAGGCGAGCAGGGUUUAAAUGGGCCACCUGGUCAAACAGGACCACCGGGUCCUAUGGGUCCACCAGGUCUACCAGGACUGAAGGGAGACCCCGGCAGAAAGGGGGACAAGGGUCAUGGUGGACUGAUUGGGCUGAUAGGACCUCCGGGUGACAUUGGAGAGAAGGGCGACAGAGGACAACCAGGGAACCAAGGCCUUCAAGGUCCAAAAGGAGAUGAGGGUCCAGUCGGCCCACCAGGCCCACCUGGACCUCCUGGCCCCUCAGGGUUGUCUGGUUCAAUCGGUCAAAAAGGCUCCAAAGGAAACCAGGGUCCAAUUGGUCCGAGAGGAGAUACUGGCCCUGCAGGACCUCCAGGACCACCGGGACGGCCCGCCGUUGGGUUUUCCCCUCUGCCAGAGCGAGGAAGAAGGAGAAGAACUCACACUACUGUGGAUGGCGCUGCGCUUGAGGACGAGGAGAUUACCAUGAGCAGAGGAGAGGAGGAGGGCUGGGUGCAAGGCGACCAGGCCGAGAAGGAGGGUUUGGUGAAGGAUAAAGAGGGUCAAGGCAUGGAGGAAGUGUUUGCUUCACUCUCAUCCAUGAAAGUUGAGGUUGAGGGUCUGCGCAACCCACAGGGGACAUACCACAGCCCUGCACGCACCUGCAAAGAGCUCUGGCUCCUCCAUCCAGAGCUCCCCAGUGGGGAGUACUGGAUCGACCCCAACCAGGGAUGCCACAGAGACGCCUUCAAAGCUUUCUGUAACUUCACUUCACAGGGAGAGACGUGUUUGUACCCUGAUAAAAAGUUCCAGUCGGUGAAAUUAGCAGCGUGGAAAGGAGAGAAGCCCGGCACCUGGUACAGUAAAUUCAGGAAAGGGAAACAGUUUUCCUACUCUGGAUCAGACGGCGUCUCGAUUCACGUCGUUCAGCUGACCUUCCUGAAGCUUCUCAGCGCCACAGCCAAGCAGACGUUCACCUACCACUGCCUCAACUCUGCCGCCUGGCUGCACACCGCCACCUACAGUCACGAACACGCCCUGCGCUUCAGAGGCAGCAACGGGGAAGAGCUGACCCACGAGAACGUGCAUUACAUCAGCGCGCUGUACGACGGCUGCCAGACACGGUCAGGACAGGAGAGGACGGUAUUGGAGUUUGACUCUCCGGUGUCUCAGACACUCCCCAUCAUUGACGUAGCUGUGUCCGAUUUUGGAAAUGGGAACCAGAAGUUUGGAUUCCAAGUUGGCCCGGUUUGCUUCAAUGGUUAACAAUCUCAGGAAAGCCAAGUAUGGGAUUAAUUUAAUAGAAAGGAGCCAUGGACACUUUUUACAUGCAGGGAGAACGACACUUUCAAGAACACAUAUUUAAUUCAUACUAUAAACAAUGUUUCCUGGUCCAGACAACCGCUCUUUCCUCACUCAGUCACUCGGGUCUGUGCCUUACACAUUCACUACAAUGGAUGCUAUGAUUACUUGACUCAUCGUGGAUUCACAUGCUGUGUUAUAAAAAGAAGGACACACCUUUGUUAACAUCCUUACUGUCACAUUUCUUUUCUUCUUUUUGUUUUUGAAGGAGUGCGCUCUGCUCUGUUUUCUCUGGCUCCAUCUUGGUAAGGACUUUAAAAAAUAAUAAUAAUAUUUUUGCAGCUCCCAUUUAUCAUCCUAUCGACUCUGAGAUGCAGGACUCAAAAUACUUUCAACCUGACAGGUGCUCGUCUACGUGUAGUAUAAUCCAGGAAAAUAGCUGAAACUGCCAGUAUUCACAAAUAGGUUUUAUAAUAGUUCGUUAUGUAAAUUGCUGCAGAAAUCUGAUUGAGAAAUCAGAAGAAGAAGCUGACUUUUAACUUGACAUUCACAGAGGAAUUGUGUGGUUACUUUUUUUGAACAUUUGUUCUAGCCUGAUUGGUAAAAGGUCAGUUAGAAACUCAAAAUUGCAACUUUUUUCUGAUCAGUGAAUGCACCGUACCUAACAGAAAGGAGAAGCAACAACACUCUGCUGAGUUGAAACUGAUACUUAGGGAAGACGGCUCGGUGUUGGCUAUUUUAACACUAUUAUGUUUAAAAUGAAGUCAAAGGAAGAACAGAGCUGUCAGGAGCUAUUGAAAGAGAAACUAGCCUGUCUGCUGUUAAUUUAGGCUUCAGUAGAGUGAGAGAGUGAGAGACAGACUUUCAGCAGAUAACUAGAAAGCUGAAAAUAUCACCUACAACAAACUUGCUCAGUUUUAUCCGUUUGAGCUUUCAGCCUCUGUCUGAAAGUACAAAUGCACCAGAAAAUAGAGACUUUAGUUUACAUUCAAAGACCAUUUUGUUCUCCUCUCAAAGCUGCUAAAAAUGCAUGGAUACUCUCUGCCCUAAAUCAUAAAUCUUUUAAUGCUUUUAAUGCAAAAUGCAUAUAAUCAAGAGCCAGAAUGUUUUAUAAAAUGUAUUUCAGUUCAAAAACACAUUUGUGCCUCUGGACAGUUUCAGAUAUUUCUUUGUUGUCGUCAAACCUCAACUUGUUGUUUUGUUUGUUGUUAUUGUGUGGUUAUGAUUAUGAGUUAAAUACAUUGCAUUGAAGAGCCACAGCAUUAAAACCACUUUCACCUGAAUUAUAAAAACAAUGACUUGUAAUGAUCCGCUUCGACUAAACUCACCUCCAUGUCCCUGUUGUUAGUAGAUUGCAGCCAUUUUUUGUUUUUUUUGUAUUUUUAUUGGGACAUCCAUUGUAGUGGUGCAUCCUGCAACAUCUCAGAAAAACCCAUGGGAAGAUGCGACAGAGGGUAAACAGAUGCCAACGUGUCAUUUAAAUCAAAGUUUGAUGGGGGCAUAUGGUGUUCCACAUGGGCCACCCGUUGCUUGCAGGCACUGAAGGAUCAUUUCAGAGUCAGCCACGCAGAUUUCCCACAUUCAUUGCCUGAAAAGUUGGAGCUGUCUCAAAGAAGGGACCGACACAUCAUUAGUGCUGUGGUUUUAAAGUUGUGGCUGAUUCAUGGAUUUCACAGUAUAAUACAUCAUGGUGCUAUUAUGUAGGUCCUCCUGGAAUGCAGUUCUUUGUAAAAGGGAUUUGGGGCAAAGAUUUUUUAUAUAUAUAUGUAUGUAUUGUGAAACAUUGUUUGAUAUUUUGUGAGUACAGCAAACCAAACUGUUGUAACAUUGUUUGCUCAAAGUUGUUUUUAGCAUAUUUGUUUGGAAAAGUGAUUCAUGUGUUUUAAUAAAAGUACAUAAUGUACAUUUAAAUUAU